UGUAUGGUCGUUGCUGUUGUCAACCAUUUUGUGUGGCUGUCCGUCUUCUGUUGGAUGUCUGUUAUUGCUCUUAACAUGGUAUUGACGUUUUGGAAAACAUCAUUAGUCACAAUGUCCGACGCACAGAAGCGUUUUAAACGGUUUGUUAUGUUCUGUUUUCUGUUGCCAGCUAUAAUUGUAGGCAUCGGCGUAGGAUUAGAGUACUUGCCAAUUGAAUCCAGAUUUAAAGCUGGUUAUGGGCAGGUUUCUUGCUGCUGGAUGUCAAACAUGGAAGGAAUAAUAAUCAUGUUUUAUAUACCUGUUGGUAUAUCGCUAUUUUCCAACCUAGCCUGUUUUGUCCUAACCCUGUGUGGCAUUGAAAGAAGUCUGAAAGCAGCUUCAAUGGCAGCCAAAGAAAAUGGUCGUUCGGAAAGGAAGAUAAUUGUAAUAUACGCUAAGCUGUCAUCAAUAAUGGGUUUCACGUGGAUUAUUGGAUUUGUUGCUGCAAUGGUUAAGCAUGAGGCUCUGUGGUAUAUUUACAUCAUCCUUAACGGACUACAAGGGUUCUUUAUAUUUUUAGCUUUUGUUUGUAAUAGACGA